AUGUGGGCCAUGAGUAUAGAGGAUGGGGGCCUGCCACCGCGGGGCCGUCCUGGGCAGGCCCGCUGGGCCCUGAUGCUGCUCCUGUCCACUGCCAUGUAUGGCGCCCACGCCCCCUUGCUGGCCCUGUGCCGUGUGGACGGCCGCAUGCCCUUUCGGCCCUCGUCAGCAGUAUUAUUCACGGAGCUGACCAAGCUACUGCUGUGCGCUUUCUCCCUCCUGGUGGGCUGGCAGCCAUGGCCCGGGGGAGCCCCGCCCUGGCGCCAGGCUGCUCCUUUUGCAGUAUCCGCCCUCCUCUACGGGGCUAACAACAACCUGGUGAUCUAUCUGCAGCGCUACAUGGACCCCAGCACCUACCAGGUGCUGAGCAAUCUCAAGAUCGGAAGCACGGCCCUGUUCUACUGCCUCUGCCUCCGCCAUCGCCUCUCAGCGCGCCAGGGGCUAGCGCUGCUGCUGCUGAUGGCGGCGGGGGCCUGCUACGCGGCAGGUGGCCUUCAGGACCCUGGGAUCGCCUUUCCUGGGCCCCCUCGGGCAGCCGCUGCGGGCCCCAUGCCCUUGCACGUCACUCCACUGGGGCUGCUGCUGCUCGCCCUGUACUGCCUCAUCUCGGGCUUGUCCUCCGUGUACACGGAGCUGCUCCUCAAGCGGCAGCGGCUGCCCCUGGCCCUUCAGAACCUCUUCCUCUACACUUUCGGUGUGCUCCUGAAUCUCGGCCUGCACGCCGGCGGCGGCCCGGGCCCGGGCCUCCUCGAGGGCUUCUCGGGCUGGGCGGCGCUCGUGGUGCUGAGCCAGGCGCUCAACGGGCUGCUCAUGUCGGCCGUCAUGAAGCACGGCAGCAGCAUCACGCGCCUUUUCGUCGUGUCCUGCUCUCUGGUGGUCAACGCUGCGCUCUCAGCGGCCCUGCUCCGCCUGCAGCUCACCGCCUCCUUUUUCCUGGCCGCGCUCCUCAUUGGCCUGGCUGUGCGCCUGUACUAUGGCCGGUAGCAGCCCCUGACCGGAUCCCCUUUUGCUCCUGACCUUGUAGAUUAGGGGCCAUGAACUGGGCUACCUCCCCACCCCACUCCCACUCCCCACCAAGAUCCCCCAGCCUUGUAACAAGUGCCUUGAGAGAAAAUCUGGAACCGUAGGAGUCAAGUGAGUCUCUGGAGGUGGGUGGAUGAAGGGGUACCCCCAAGGAGUCGUGAAGAGUAGGUUUGGUGGAACAGCCCCACCCUAUGUUCCUCCACGCGAACGAACUUGGGGCCUAAGUACCUAGGCCUGAGAAGCCCAUCCUGCUCGAAGGGAGUUGCACAAGGGUGUGGGCAACGGGCCAUCUCAGCAGACCCACCGUCCCCAGGCCUCAUGCCAGCUGCUUCAGCCCAGCCUCCGAGCAUGGUUUCCACAUAAGGGGUACCCCCACCGUCAUGCGGGAGGGCCUAAAGCCACAGAUCACAGACCCGUCACCCAGGACACUAGCACGCUCCCCAGCUCUGGCAGUGCUAGAGGCCUGAAAGCCCCUUCCAUUGCUGCCCCCCUCCCCCGCCCCAGCCUCUGCUCUGGAAUUUCCAGAGAGGGCUGGAACUUGACUCAUCUCAGGGAAUGCUGCCCCUGGGCCCCAGCUUAAAUCUGCACUCCUGACCCACCCCACGGGCCCUCUUGAAGCCCUCUGCCACUUUUGUAAGGCCCUAAGGUAUUACCGCCUUUCCCAUUUCGGGCCAAGCCCCUCAAAGCAUCGUCCCGACGGCCUGGGGAAACGGCACAGCAACCUGGGACCAGGUACAGGAAACUUCGAUAGCUCAAUCAAUGUUUAAAUGUGGAAGCAAUAAAGUCUUAAUAAAAAGUGUUCUAGGAUGUAGGGUGCUUCCUACAACCA